CUUGAGCAAAUAGAGUUGACUGUUUAACGCCAGGUUGAUUUUGAACGUGGUCCGAUGGUUUCCCGCAAGGAACUCAAGCUACCUACUCCGGAAACGUGCAGCUAUACCGCACAUAACCACAGCCUAAUCAUCGUCCCUAAUAGGGAUCAUAAAAAUGGCCACCUUUUGCCGCUAGGACGGACUGGCGGAACUACAGAUUCAAUACGCGGCAUAGGGCGAGGGGAACGAUGAGAAACUUCAACUAGAACUCGUUGUGGAACUGGUAUUCGGGGAGAACGCCUCUUUCUGAGUGGUACUGAGAAGCAUGCUACGACGAUCACAGUUUGCACACGACGGCCGGACUCCGUCGCACUUCAUUUUUCGGCCUGAGAUGCACAUAAAUUCAAUGGUGUUAAAGGAGCGGAGACAUUUAGCCUAACCUCUGCAGAAUACACAUGCCAUGGGUGUACGUCGAGGGGUUCGUGCCAGUGGCGUCCCGUCGAACUGGGAGUAUCCUUCCUUGUAACCGUUAUAAUUGGUCUGAUUCGUUGUGAGUCGCGGUGAAUUUUAUUAUAACGACGACCUCACUUCUAGGUCGGCACGAGCAGAA